AUGGCUGAACAUACAUCUUCAUACCGCGCCAACGGCGACAAUGGCGAUGAGGGAAAUACUGAAGGCGACCUCAACGCAUGGAAGCAUAGAGCACCCUACAAGGUCCACGACAGCGACCCAAACUUUCACGCUCGCUAUGAAGCCAGCUGUCAUUGCGGUAAGAUCCGGUACCAACUGAGUAGGGAGAAGCCGCUGGAUUCCAAAUACUGCCAUUGUACGACGUGUCAGAAGCUUCAUGGAGCACCAUUCCAGUGGGCAGCCAUCUUUCAUAAGGAAGACAUCAACUUCACCCACGGUCACAGCGACCUGGGCUGGUACGAGAGCUCAGAAAAGACUACCGUGCACAAGCUGCCAUGCAAAGUCAGCUGUGCUUACUGCCGUACACCUAUCAUGGACGAGGGAAGGAAUAUGAUCCUGCUGUUUCCGACCCUGAUCAACUUCAAGUCUCCUGAGGACAGGAAGAACUUUGACCCUAGCUGCCACAUGUUCUACACUCGUCGGAUCCUCGACAUCAAUGACGGCAAGCCGAAGUGGUCAGGCAUCAGUAACGACAGCGAGCUGAUUGAGGAUUCACCCGAACAAGACAAGAAGAGGAAGCGUGAGGAAGACGCGGCGGAAGGGAAUGAUAAAAAAUCAUGA